AUGGGCAAAAAAUCAAAGUCGCAAACAAAAUCGGCCCCUGAGGCACCCUCCACUGGUGGAGGUCUUCCCUUCCUGGGCAGUGCACCACUCGACGCGGGUUUGUCUUCACUUUUUGAGAAAAGUGCUGGCCCGGUGAAGACGCCUACCGUCAAAUAUGUCGAGUUCAAACCCAGGAAAAAAGCCGACGAGGCCAUGGAGACCGCCGCGUCCGAUGACAGUGACGCUGAAUCGGAGGACGAGGCGAUGGCAGAUGCUGGUGACAGCUCUGCGGAGGAUUUUACAGAGAACAAGGAAGCUGAGAGUGAGCAACAGCGCGCGUCAGACAAGCAGAGUCGCAAGCGCAAGCGAGGCGGCGCAGAGGACGACAUCGAAGGGUCUUACAUGCGUCGUCUCGAGAAAGAAGAGAAGAGAGCGGAGGAGAAACGUGAGGCCGAGCAGGUCAAGAGGCAGAAGCCCACGAAAGACGAGGAAGAGAGUGGUGAUGCAGAGGAUGACACAAACGAGGAGGUUGCCUCUAGCGACGAGGAGGGUGAGAAAGCGGGGGAUGCGAAGGAGCCGAUGCCUGUUCACGAGAGUGUGUCGGGUGCCUCCAAGGCCAAUGAGGUGGAGAAGUCCAGCCGCACCGUGUUUUUGGGCAACGUCUCGACCGAGGCCAUCAAGUCCAAAUCUGCCAAAAAGACCCUUCUUCGACACCUGGCCUCUUUCUGCUCCAGUCUUCCUGAAUCUUCCGGACCACACAAGGUCGAUUCGAUUCGAUUCCGCUCUGUGCCCUUUGCCAGCGGUGGCGGUAUCCCCAAGCGGGCCUCCUAUGCUCGCCGUGAGAUUUUGGAUGACACCACUCACAGUACGAACGCCUAUGCUGUUUACACCACUGCCCAAGCAGCGCGGAAGGCUCCCGCCGCCCUGAACGGCACCGUUGUCUUGGAUCGGCAUAUUCGUGUGGAUAGUAUUGCGCACCCCGCUGAAAUCGACAACAAGCGCUGUGUCUUCGUGGGCAACCUGGACUUUGUGGAUCAAGAAGUCGCGGGUGUGGACGAGGAUGGCAAGAAGAAGAAGCCUCGCAAGCCGUCCGACAUUGAAGAAGGUUUGUGGCGGGUGUUCAACGCCCACACGGGGGACACCAAGGAUAAAAAGUCCGUGAAGAAGAACGUGGAAUUUGUGCGUGUGAUUCGAGAUCAGAACACUCGCGUUGGCAAAGGGUUUGCCUAUGUUCAGUUCUACGAGGGAACUUGUGUGGAGCAGGCUCUCUUGCUCAACGAGAAGAACUUCCCUCCUCUUUUGCCGCGGAAGAUUCGCGUGACCCGGGCCCGCAAAAUGAUGAAGAAGCGGGAUGACUCGGGUAGCAAGGACGCUCGCUCUGGUGAUUUGGCUCGAAAGACCCUUCAAGGCCGUGCCGGCAAGCUGCUUGGCCGCGCCGGUGCUUCCAAGCUGAAGAAUGAGAGCAAGGGAGGCAUUGCGGGCAACUCAUUUGUCUUUGAGGGCCACCGAGCCAGCGAAGGCAAGUCGACCCUGAAGGUGAAGGGAAAGAGUCGUGGAUCUAAGGGCAAGCCCAAGAACCGCAGCAGCAAGCGUGCCGCCGCUUACCGGGCAGCUGGUGGACAGCGUCCUUGA